AUGAAACUAAGAGGAAAGACUCUGAUCUAUUGGCGAAGCAUCCUGCCAAUCCCUACCGAUAUCAUUAUGAUGAAAUCUAUAGGUGCACAAUUCUUUGAGCUUUCACUAACGAUAAGGAUGAGUUUGUUUUUUAAAAUUUGGUGUCUUACCUCUGUGAGAAAUAUAUUGUCGCUCAGAAGAGCAUUACUUUUGAAUUAUAAGAAGCUCAAAGCGCUUGCUAGAAUCUGCGAAGUUGAUUCGAUCCAAUUCUCGGCCUCAAACUCAACAGAUGUGCAAUGCAGAUCAGACUCAGCAGAAACUGAUCACAAUGAAUCGGAGCGUGUGGGUUUAGACUGGAAACAGGAGAGAUUACGAAGGCUUCACAAAUCAAUUGUAGAUGUCCGGAAGAUAGGGUUUGACGAUAAUGUACUGACUUUGAAUGACUGGGAGGACGUGACUUUUUAA